AUAGCCUUGAAUUACUUUUUGAUUCUUGAUCGACCUGUGUAAUAUAUGUACAUGAUCGAUUUAAUUUAAGGCUACGUGUACAUUGAUUUCAGUCAAUACUUUAUUAUAAACUUGUUUUUAUUACUGCAAUUACUUCUACACUUCAACUAUGGCUGAUCAAUAUGAUAAUUUAUCAUGGAAAGAAGUACGAGACAUGUUCAGGACAUGGAGAGAGGAUAGUGAACGGCGAAGUAAAGAUGUAGUUGAUCUGUGGGAGUCUAAAUUAAUGGGAAAAAUUGAUCAACUUGGCAAUGAGAAAUAUCUGGUUUUGGAACAAGUCUGCACAGCCGCAUUGGAUUGUGAUCGUCGUUCUUUAGCAGAAUAUUGCAUUAAAAUAUUGAAAAGAGAAUUUCCUAGCAGUUUAAGAGUCCAUAAAUAUCAUGCUAUGCAUCUGGAAGCUUUGGAAAUGUAUGAUGAAGCAUUAGAAGUUUUGGAUUCUAUUAUAAAAAGAGAUGAAACAAAUGCAGCACCAAGAAAAAGACGUAUAGCUAUAUUAAAAGCAAAAGGUCGGAUAUCAGAAGCUAUUAAGGAGCUUACAGAAUAUUUAAAAAAAUUUAUGAGUGAUCAAGAGGCAUGGCAUGAAUUAUGUGAUCUAUAUUUACAAGAGCAAGAAUAUUCUAAAGCUGCAUUUUGUAUGGAAGAACUUAUAUUACAUAAUCCACAUAGUCAUUUAAUUUAUCAGAGAUAUGCAGAAAUAAAAUAUUCCCAGGGUGGAUUUGAAAACAUGGAAUUAGCAAAAGCAUACUUUUGUCAAGCUGUAAGAUUAAAUCCAAACAAUAUCAGAGCUUUGUAUGGUUUACUGUUGGCAACCAAUAAUAUUGCCGCAUCACCUAAAUGUCCCUCUUCUAAAAAGAAAGAUGCAAUAAAAUUAUGUGAAUGGGCAGCUAUUCAAAUUGAAAAGCAUUAUGGAUCAAAAGUGUCAAAUGAAAGUAUUAAAACACUUGAAGGAUUAUUAGGUCAAUUGCAACUGGAAGUUUAAGUAUACAAAUUUAUAUGUAUGUAUGUGCUGUAAUGUAUAUAAAUGUACUGUUCAUUCCUUACAAUUUA